UUAACUUAUAGGUACAUUAAAAAGGGAUUCUUUACUUUUAUUUUUAUUCAAUAUAAUAUUUUAGAAAAUAUUUAGUUUGUACCAGAGCCUGGUUUGUACGUUUUUUAUUUUAGACAAGGGUAUUGUUAAAAUACACGGUUAAGGGAAGGUUAAGGUCAAAUCCUAUGGUCAAAACAUGAUACGUAGAAAGCGUUGCAUAGAUAAAAUAAUAAAAAAAUCUAUGAAUCGUUGUCUGUAUAAAAUAGACAACAGUUGAAAAUAAUUUUAUGUAAUAAAAUAUUUUUAGCUCAAAUACUAUUAUGAUCAUUUAUGAUAUAGCCGUUAGACAAAUAUAGUACAAUUCGCAUGAAGUUAGGCUCAGUUCAAGUGAAGUGUUUUGUGGAUUUGACAUUAUUGACACUUCCGAUUUCCGUACCAUUUUGUUUGGGUGCUUAUUUUGGUUUUUUGGAUGAAUUAUUAAUAAUAAUGAAAAAACAGCUAUAUAAAUAAGUAAAUAAGGUGCGUGUUUUUACCAUCAAAAACAUAAUGAGGUUUUUAAAAAUGAUUAUCUGACAGUGCGUAGUAAUGUGUGCAUUUUCAACAUGUUGAGAAUAAAAUUUUCAAUUUUCUUAUCUACUGUUUAUAACUGUAUAUUAAACGUACGUUCAACGAUUUAUAUGUAAAUAAUGUUCGACUAGAUUAAGGGAAUUAUUUAGAAUAGUCCAAUUCCAUUAUGAACUCGAAGAAAAACAAAAAGAAUGUAAAUAUAGAAACGGAAGAUAGUAAUACAGUGAAGAAAACCAAAAAGGCAAAAACUGAGUUAACAAACGAAAAUUUAGAUAUCGAAAACAGGACAAGAAAACGGAAAAAUGUCGAGUCGGAUAUUGUUGAGGCAAUACCUUCUAAAAAACCUAAAAAGAAAACCAAGUCUGCUGUUAACAAUAAUAAAGACUUGCUUUUACCCAACUAUGACAUAGAGAACAUACAUUCUAUCAAAAAGCAAAAAAAUGGUCACAUCGUCAAUGAGUUAGAAGUGAGUGGCACUAAUACUGAUUUUGAUGAAGUUCCCACAAAGGGCAAAAAGAAAAAAAAUGUUAAAAAAGAAGUAACAGAAUUUAUUGAAACCAAUUUAGAUGUUUCUACCCCUUCAAAAUCACCUAAAACUCCCAAAGGUAUAAACUCAAUAAAGACAGAAUAUUUAGAUUUAGAUGCUUCUACCACUUCAAAAUCGUGUAAAACUCCCAAGGGUAUAAACUCAUUAAAAUCAGAAUGUUUAGAUUUAGAUGUUUCUACCACUUCAAAAUCAUCUAAAACUCCCAAGGGUAUAAACUCAAUAAAGUCAGAAAGUUUAGAUUUAGAUGUUUCUACCACUUCAAAAUCAUCUAAAUCUCCCAAAGGUAUAAACUCAAUAAAGUUAGAAUGUUUAGAUUUAGAUAAUGCCCUAAUUAAUUGUUUACACCAUGAGGUAAAUAUAGUUGAUAUUAAUGCUGGAAAAUUGAAUGAAGGUGAUGAGAACGUUGUAACAAUAUCUAUUAAAGAUGAAGGUUUAGAUUCAGAUUGGGAUGAAAAUGAUCUUCUUAAACAAUUAGAAAGGAGAAUUGAAAAGAAAGAAUCACCAAAAGAACGUAGAGGUGGCAUUGAGUGGUCUGACAGUGAUUUAAAUGAACUAAUUGAAAGAAUGGAAGUAACUUUACCUGAAAAUGAUUUAAAACCAUUCAUGAAAAGAGCAGAAACUAUAGAUUGGGAUAAGAUUGCUUUUAAAAACUACACUGCAGAUGAGUGUAAAAAGACAUGGAGUUUAGUUUUAAAGAAAAUUAGGAGAUACAGAAUAUUAAAAGAAGUUCUUCAAGAUGCCAAAGAAUGGAUUUUAGUGCCCAGAGCUAAAAAGAAAAUUGUAAAAUAUAGGCAUCCUGAUAUGCCAAGACGACCAUUAUCUGCAUAUUUCAUUUAUUAUUUAAAGAAAAAGGAUUCCUUGCAAGUAGACCAUCCUGGCUUGGAUGCAACUGAACUGGCAAAGAUGUGUAGUCAAAAGUUCAAAGUAUUGGCACCUGAGAAGAGAUUGAAGUAUGAAAAUAUUGCCAACAAAAAUAAAGAAGAGUACGAUCAGAAAAUGAAAGAAUUUUAUGAAAUUCAUCCUGAAUUAAAACCAGAAAGAGAUUCUAAGUCAAAGAAACAUCCCAAACUACAGAAACCCCCAAAGCCACCCAAACCUGUGGUUGAAAAACCUCCUCCUAAGCCACCCAAACCCCCUAAAGAGAAACUACCCAAACGACCUUUGAGUGCUUUCCAGUACUAUCACAUGGCCGAAGCUUCUAAAGAGCAAGUUGAUGAUAAAACUGCAUUCAGAGAAUUUUGCAAGGAAAAGUGGAAACAAAUGCCAGAUGAUAAAAAAAUUGAGUGGAUUAGUUUUGCUGAAGCUGAAACCUUGAAGUAUGAGGAUGAAUUGAAAGAAUACAUCAAAAACCACCCGGAAUAUAUCCAUACUAGCCAAAACAAACCUCAGCUUACAAAAGAAGAACUUCUUGUCAAAGAACGUGUCUCUGGAAAACCACCUAAGCCUCCGGUGUCUGCUUAUAACCUCUUCUCUAGGAUGCUUAUGCAUUCUGAGGACAUUAAAACUGUUCCAGUUAAAGAAAGGCUCGUCUUUGUUUCAAACCAAUGGAAAGAAUGUACUGAGGAAGAAAAGAAAAACUACAAGGAAUUAUUUGACAAGGCUAUUGAAAAGUACAAUAAAGAUUUCGCAACCUAUAUAGAAUCUUUACCAGAGGAAGAAAGGGAGUUGGAGCUUCUUAAGGGUCCAAAGCGGAGAAAAUCUGAAGAUGAAAAGAGAAAGAAAGGAUCAAAAGGUAAAAAAGUAGUCAAGAAAAAGCCAGAAACCAGUACUGAGAUCAAAAAGCCAGUUGUAAAUAAAGCGAAUAGUUCAUCUAAAAAAACUGAAAAGAAACCAAGAAAAUUAGUUGAACCUGAACAACCACCAAUAUCUCCCUUUAAAUAUUUUGCUUCCUCAUAUAAUGGAGAAGAACCAGCGGCUAAAGCAUGGAAAGCUUUGACUUCAGAUGAAAGGAAGCGAUACGAGGAGGAAUUAGUUCAAAAGAAGAAAGCCUACAUCUUAGAUUUCGAGAAAUUCUUGAAAAGUAUGACCAAGGAAGAAUUAGAAAACUUUUCGAAUUCUAGGAAGAAACAAAACAAUCAAAAGGCCUCUGAAGAGGACGAUGAUGAUGAGGAUGAAACAAGUGAUCAAUCUGAUUCUGAAGAGGAUUCUAAUGAUGAAGAUUCUGAUGAAGAAAAAGAUAACUAGGGAAAUUUUGUGGAAAAACUGCCAUUAGUUACUUAAAAUGCUGUCCCACUCAUUUGGUAAAGUUUAUGGAUAUGAUGUGUGGUUGUGCUGAUGGUUAUUAUUUCUAUUUUGUUAUCGAUAAUUGUUUCAUUUAUGAACCCUUCAAACAGAAGUUGUGCUUCUUUUCACUAUUAAUGAAGAUGCAUUGUUUAAUUUGAAAGUUUUAUUAAUACUGCAAAGGGAGGUGAUUAGUUAUAGCCCAAUCGGAUUAGUAUUUUAGAUUCUGAAAAAUUCGAAGCAGCAAUUUUCCUUCGGAAUUCCUUGGAGGGGGUCUCUGGUAGUCUAAAUUCAAAAAGUUGGGAUUCCAAAGUUGUCGUUACCUCCGCCAUCUUGAUUUAAAGGGUUAUUUUUUGUAUCUUGAAUAACUCAUUUAUUUUCAAUUUUACACGGAAAAUAGUUUUUACAAAAGUUAUUUAAAAUUAAAUUUCCUACAAUUCUGCUUUUUUUUUGUACGUUCGAUUUUUUUCAAUUUAUACCCGAAAAGAGGGGGUGAAUUUUUGGUUAUAGAAUAACUCGUUUAUUUUCAAUUUUACGAGAAAAAUUGUUAUAAACAAAGUUGUUUAAAAUUAAAUUUCCUACAAUUCUGUUUUUUUUUAUACGAUCGAUUUUUUCGAUUUAUACCCGAAAAGAGGGGGUUAAUUUUUGGUUAUAGAAUAACUCGUUUAUUUUCAAUUUUACGAGAAAAAUUGUUAUAAACAAAGUUGUUUAAAAUUAAAUUUUCUACAAUUCUGUUUUUUUUUGUACGAUCGAUUUUUUAGAUUUAUACCCGAAAAGAGGGGUGAAUUUUUGGUUAUAGAAUAACUCGUUUAUUUUCAAUUUUACGAGAAAAAUUGUUAUAAACAAAGUUGUUUAAAAUUAAAUUUCCUACAAUUCUGUUUUUUUUUGUACGCUCGAUUUUUUUGUAUUUAUCUCUGAGAAGAGUGGGGGUGAACCUAAGUAUUGUAUUGUCACGUUUAUUAUUGAUGUUGUACCAUUAUUUUUUCUGUUUGUUUUUUUUUGCUGAUACCUGGAAUUAAAAAGAAACGUGAUAAUACAAUGAUAAGAGUUUACCCCCACUCUUCUCAGGGAUAAAUACAAAAAAAUCAAGCGUACAAAAAAACAGAAUUGUAGGAAAUUUAAUUUUAAACAACUUUGUUUAUAACAAUUUUUCUCGUAAAAUUGAAAAUAAACGAGUUAUUCUAUAACCAAAAAUUCACCCCCUCUUUUCGGGUUUAAAUCGAAAAAAAUCGAUCGUACAAAAAAAAGCAGAAUUGUAGGAAAUUUAAUUUUAAAUAACUUUUGUAAAAACUAUUUUCCGUGUAAAAUUGAAAAUAAAUGAGUUAUUCAAGAUACAAAAAAUAACCCUUUAAAUCAAGCUGACGGAGGUAACGACAACUUUGGAAUCCCAACUUUUUGAAUUUAGACUACCACAGACCCCCUCCAACGAAUUCCGAAGGAAAAUUGCUGCUUCGAAUUUUUCAGAAUCUCAAGCCUGUUCUUCACCUAAUCCGAUUGGGCUAUUAUACUUUAAAUACAAUUGACAUGACAACAAAAAUUUGUUUAUAUAUUUGAAUUAUGAUUGAGUGCAUUUUUGUUUAGUAUCUUCUUAUUACAUGCAUUUAUUUCAAUUUAUUUUUUUCUAGUUACAAUAAAUUGUUCUAAUUAACGCCCUUAUGAUUAGUAUGUUAUGAAUAUAUUUAUAAAUGACAUUGGUACUACAUUUUUUAUUUUUCUUUCUUCUAUUUUGAGCGAUUGUUAUCUAGUGUCCUGACAGUGGUUGGAUUUUUGCAGUUUGCACAAGCCACCUUUUUCAAACGCAGUUUGUAGAUAUUUUAGAAAUUAAAAGUUUUUAAUAUGAAGUGAUCCACAAAAAGUGUUUGGACUUCAUUCAGAGGCAUGAUUCAUAUUUGUCUUUAGAAAUAUUUUUUUGGAUCACUUAGGUAGAGCGAUUUUUGAAUAUAUCUUAAAUAUUGUACAGCAAUUAUAUUUGAGCUUGAGAGUGUUAACUGGAACAUACUUGACUCUGAUAUAGUAAGGAUUUGAAAGGUUAUGAUUACUUACAUUCAACAGUUUGAAUAAAUUAUUUUCCUUCAAUUUUUCUGAAUAUUUUAAAAAAUAUUCACAGGCAAUUUGUGAAAUUAGCCGUAUGAAUAUAUUUUGUCCUUGAUUAAUUUAUAUAUUUUUUGUAUGUGCAACUUUUUUAUAUUUUUAUUGUACUAAAACGCUUUUAUUAAUCUAUAUUUUCCCAACGAGAUAAUAUAUUCGUGAAACUAGUUAGUAAGGGGUUUAAUGCAAAUUCUAUUUUGUAAUUUAAAUGUUUUGCUAAUUGUUUAUUAUAUAAAAUGUUUUUAAAACACAAUUUUUCAUUGUGUUAAUAUCAUUUUCGUGCUGGAAUUCUUGUACAUAAUUCGUAUUUAUGCAUAAAGUUGACCAAAAUACGUACUAAAGGACAGCAACGUUUUGAUAAAAGAUGGGAAACUAAUAAAAGUACAUUCCUUAAAUGUUUGAGUAGUAUGUAAGUAACGCAACUUAAAUAUUUUAGCAAGAUAAAAUAAAUAUCCAUAAUAAAUUAUACUUUGUUGCCGUACAUACGCAAGUUACUUCUUUUAAUAAAUUAUUUUAAAACAAUCCGUCCUUGAAAUCUCAUAGUUCUGCAAUAAAAAUGUUCCUUUUUUUAGUACUAAUUUUGUCAAGAGUUGCGUUGUAGUAGGAUAUUUGUGCAGUAAUUUUCUCUAAUAUUGCAGGUAUGCCUAUCUUUUCUUCAUCUCUCCCUUGAUUAUACAAUUUUUACAAAUUCUCCAAGCUUCCAAGACAGAUGUUCUUAUUGUAUGUUUUAUUCUAACUGGUUCUAUCUUUAGUUCUUCUCUAUACAAUUUAUUUCUGAAUUACCUUCAUUCUUUUAUCUUCAUUCUCACUGAUUUCUUUGUUAUUCUUGAGAUAUUACACAGAAUGAUAUCGCAAAAAUCUGGAGUUAGUGGAAAAUUUAAAAAAUGCAAAAAUAUUUAAGUUGCUACAUUCACAAAAUGCCAACUAUUUCCGCUGAAAUCGUAAGUAAAUACUGGCAAAUCGAGUCAAAUAAUCCAUAUACGAGGGUACAAUUUGAUUUGUGGUCACAGUUUUAUCUUGUAUGGUACAAAAAACUUAUAGAUGUUCGGUACUGAACCAAAAAUAAAAAACGCAUUCUAUGCAAGAAACAAUUUACGUUGAUAUUUGUAGUUCCUAAAUAUUUAUUUGGUUAAAUAAUCCGAAUAUUUUGAAGAGAAAUUACCUCAAAGAUUUUUUUUUUUAAUUAUAAUUACCUUCACAUCUGUAAGUUUUUUGCUAAACAAGUCUAUUUUUCACAUUGUAAAAUACAGCGACAAAUAGUUUUGAUGUCGUGUCAAUAUAACUUUUUAUACUGUUCUUUAGGAGCCCUGUACCUAGGGCGGUUCCAUACGAAUUUGUACAUGUUACUGAGUGGUAGAUUAAAUGUAAUACAUAUUUUAAAUUAAGUAUGAAAUAGAGCA